UCUCCUUUUCAUUCAUCUGUUAUUCUUUACUCUUAACUCUCCGUUCUUCUUCUGAACCAUAUAGCCCUUUUCCCUUGGCAGAAGUUGUGUAGAGUAAGAGAAGAAACCAUGAAGGCUUCGAUGCUGAGAUCUGUUGAAGCAGCCCUGAGAAGGGGAGGUGUUUCUUCUUCCUCUGCUGCUUCCUCUUCUCAUCUUCUUCGCCGAUCUUAUUCUUCCGAAUCGACCCCCGAACGUAAGGUCGCUGUCUUGGGAGCUGCCGGUGGGAUCGGUCAGCCCCUCGCCCUUCUCAUGAAACUCAACCCUCUCGUCUCGAAGCUCUCUCUCUAUGAUAUCGCCGGUACCCCUGGUGUAGCCGCCGAUAUCAGCCACGUCAAUACCAGAUCUGAGGUCACCGGGUACAUGGGUGAAGAACAACUAGAGCAGGCUUUGACGGGAUCUGAUGUGGUCAUCAUUCCUGCUGGUGUGCCGAGGAAACCAGGAAUGACCCGUGAUGAUCUAUUCAACAUUAAUGCCGGCAUCGUUAAAUCUCUCUGCUCUGCCAUCGCUAAGUACUGCCCUAAUGCACUGAUUAAUAUGAUUAGCAAUCCGGUGAAUUCCACUGUCCCUAUUGCUGCUGAGGUUUUUAAGAAGGCGGGGACAUAUGACGAAACAAAGCUCUUUGGUGUGACUAUGCUUGAUGUUGUUCGGGCCAAGACCUUCUAUGCUGGCAAGGCCAAGGUUAAUGUUGCUGACGUCAAUGUUCCUGUUGUUGGUGGUCACGCGGGCAUUACCAUUCUUCCUCUUUUCUCCCAGGCAACGCCCAAAGCCAACAAUUUGUCCGAUGAACAUAUAUUGGCUCUUACAAAGAGAACACAAGAUGGAGGUACGGAGGUCGUGGAAGCCAAGGCUGGAAAGGGUUCUGCAACAUUAUCAAUGGCCUAUGCCGGAGCCCUUUUUGCCGAUGCUUGUUUGAAGGGGCUUAAUGGGGUUCCAGAUGUUGUGGAGUGCGCUUUUGUUCAAUCAAGCAUCACAGAGCUACCAUUCUUUGCCUCUAAGGUUAAGCUCGGAAAGAAUGGUGUUGAGGAAGUCCUCGAUUUGGGUCCCCUCUCAGACUUUGAGAAACAGGGCCUGGAAAAACUCAAGCCUGAACUGAUGUCCUCCAUUGAGAAGGGAAUUAAGUUUGCCAAGGAGAACUGAUCAAUUUACUUUUGGGGUGGAAGGUUCGUUAUGAGACCCUGUAUUUAGAAACUUCACAAUUUUGCAUUUGCACUAGAGAUCUUAUAUUUAUUCAACGUUUGGCUGCUGUGGUGCUGAACUGGCGGUUGGCUGAGUAGGUUUUUGUUUGGCUCAAAGUCCAGUCAAUAAAACGAAGUUUUAGACUUUUUUUAGUGGCAAUGAUUUUGUAUUUUGUCCCCUACCCAUUUUUCCAUUAAUAAGUUUCUCUCGAGGGUUG